CGGUGCUGAGCGUUUCCGGUUUGUGAGGAGCGACACAUCAAAGCGGUUUUCGUAGAAUAUAUUUACAAUUCAGUCGAAUUUCCGAAAUAAAAUGUCUGAUUUAGCGAAAGAGAAGGCAGCACGUCUGCUGAAGAAGCGUGGAAGUUUGUCUUCUCUGGGCAGUCAUGAAGUCAGAGCUAAAGAAACCUUUGCCAAAACUAAGGAUUCUAUUAGUACUGUGUCUUACAUGGAAGAGCCUGGACAUCAUGAUGAUAUUCAACGGCCUGCGGUGCAAAUGGAGAACACCUAUCAGCUCACUCCUGCACGGCGUUUCCCGGUGUUAACGGUGAAGGACAUUCUGAAGGAUGUGUUGACCAGCUACCUGCAGGAGGAGAAAUAUGAACCGGAGCUGUGCAGACAAAUGACCAAAACCAUCUCUGAGGUGGUCAAGGCUAGAGUUAAAGAUUUGAUGAUUCCCCGCUAUAAGAUCAUCGUCAUCAUUAGCAUUGGUCAGAUCAGAGACCAGAAUAUGCGCAUGGGGAGUCGAUGCCUGUGGGACGAGACACAUGAUAAUUUCUCCUCGCAUACUUUCAAAAACAGCUCACUGUUUGCCACCGCUACUGUCUACGGUGUUUAUUUUGAAUGAGUGUGUAAGAAUAUCAGCUGGGUUUUAGUGACAAAUGAUUUUAGCCAACCAGUGGCAUCUACACUACAUAUGCGCUCCAAGCUUUCUCGAGUCAGUUUAAUGGGCUUUAAAAUGACUUAUUGAGGUUACAAAUAGAGGUUAUGUAUGAGGCUCUUCUGGUUCCUCAACAUCUCUCAUAACGAUAAGGUAACAUGUAACCGUUAAAACAAGCAUAGGAACAGACUGCUGACUGUGUGUUUUACAUAUAAAUUUAUUUAUAUAUAUAUAUAUAUGUAUACACACUACCAGUCCAAAAAGUUUUUGAACAGUAAGAUUUUUAAUGUUUUUAAAGAAGUCUCUUCUACUCACAAAGCCUGCAUUUAUUUGAAAGUACAGCAAAAACAGUAAAAAUGUGAAACGUUUUUACUAUUUAAAAUAAAUGUUUUCUAUUUGAAUAUAUUUUAAAAUGUAAUUUAUUCCUGUGAUUUCAAAGCUGAAUUUUUAGCAUCAUUACUCCAGUCAGAAGUCCUUCAGAAAUCAUUCUAAUAUUCUGAUUUGCUGUUCAAAAUACAUGUAUUAUUAUUAUGUAAAUUAUUAUAUAAUUACAUAAUACAUUAUAUAAAAAAUGAUACUGCCUCCAAGCUUUUGAAUGGUAUAGUGUAUAGUGUUACAAAAACUUUGAAUUUCAGUUAAAUGCUGAUCUUUGGAUCUUUCCAUUUAAUAAAUUACAUACAUUUAUAAAAUAAAUUACAUUUAAAUAAAUAAAUUACAUUUUAAAAUAUAUUCAAAUAGAAAGCAGGUAUUUUAAAUAGUAAAAAUAUUUCACAACAUUACUGCUUUUGCUGUAUCUUUAAUCAAAUAAAUGCAGGCUUGGUGAGCAGAGGGGAAUUUUUAAAAACAUUAAAAACCUUACUGUUCACAAACUUGGAUACAACGUAAAUACCAUUCUCUUAACAAGAAAAAAGUUUAACCUCAUAUAAACAACUGAAAAUAUGAAUUGAAAUGUCGUAAUUUUAAUACCUCAUUGUGUGUCAUACCUCAUUGUAAGUCAAUAAAUCUGUAUGUCU